CCUUGAAGCAACGGCCAUGAAAGCCAAACUCUCACAAAACGCCCGCCUCACAUUCUCUUUUAACAGUCGUGUUUUUUCUUCACCAAAUUUCAGCCCUUCUUUUCUACGCUCAAACUUCUUCGUCUGCUACAACAAGAAUAAUGGCUUCACUUUGUUUCUUCUCCAAUGUCUUCACUCUUCAUUCACCAAAGUGUCAAAGUUUCACCGGCAGUCGCCUCUCUUCUCACUUUCUUGAUCAUCAAAUCAAGGUAAACUCCUUUCCUCAUGUAAAUUUAUCACUGCCGUUUAAGUUUAGUUGUAAAAGAUUCAACCCCAUUACAGCUUCAGCAACAACAACUAUUGAAACCAGUUCAUAUUCGUUUAGAAACAAGAAUCCGAAAGAUAUUAACAUUGUGGUGGUGGGUUCAACUGGGUAUAUUGGGAAGUUUGUAGUGAAAGAGUUGGUUAAUAGAGGUUUUAAUGUUAUAGCAAUUGCUAGAGAAAGAAGUGGAAUUAGAGGUAAAAAUGAUAAGGAAGAGGCCUUGAAUCAGUUACAAGGAGCAAAUGUGUGCUUUUCUGAUGUGACAAAUGUGGGAACUUUACAGAAAAAUUUGGAAAAUUUGGGAGUUUCAAUAGAUGUGGUUGUGUCUUGCCUUGCUAGUCGUUCUGGUGGGGUGAAAGAUUCAUGGAAAAUUGAUUAUGAAGCAACAAGGAAUAGUCUUGUUGCUGGUAGAAAUCGUGGGGCUUCACAUUUUGUUGUACUUUCUGCAAUAUGUGUGCAAAAACCCCUUCUUGAAUUUCAGCGCGCAAAGCUGAAAUUUGAGGCUGAAUUGGUGAAGGAGGCUGAAGAAGAUAGUAGGUUUACCUAUAGUAUAGUGAGGCCAACUGCAUUUUUCAAAAGCUUAGGGGGACAGGUUGAGUUGGUGAAAGAUGGGAAGCCUUAUGUGAUGUUUGGAGAUGGGAGGUUAUGUGCUUGCAAGCCAAUAAGUGAGCAGGAUUUGGCUUCGUUUAUCGCGGAUUGUGUGCUGAGUGAAGAUAAGAUUAACCAAAUAUUGCCAAUUGGUGGUCCAGGGAAAGCAUUGACACCAUUGGAACAAGGUGAGAUAUUGUUUAGACUUCUGGGGAAGGAACCCAAGUUCCUCAAAGUGCCAAUUGGGAUCAUGGAUUUUGCUAUUGGGGUUCUUGAUUUCCUUGUCCAGAUUUUUCCUGCUAUGGAAGAUGCAGCUGAGUUUGGGAAAAUUGGAAGGUAUUAUGCAGCUGAGAGCAUGUUGGUUUUGGAUCCUGAGACAGGUGAGUAUAGUGCCGAAAAAACGCCAAGUUAUGGAAAGGACACUCUGGAGGAAUUCUUUAAGAGGGUUCUUAGGGAAGGGAUGGCUGGUCAGGAGUUGGGGGAACAAACAAUCUUCUAGAUCUUCUUGUUUGUAAAAGUUGUAAAUUUAGUGCUCCCUUGAUAUCACCAGUUUUGUAACACGGCAUGCAAAAAGGUAUGAGGUUUGCUACUCUCAGAAAGUUCUCAAGCUGUUGUAUGGAUUGUAUUAAAUGUUUUGAAAGAUUUCCAUUUAUCCAAUGCACAAAUUAAUGUUGUGGGAAAUGUAUGAUAAAUGUUCAAUGACAUGUUUAUGUAUGAUUGUCUCUGUAGUGAAAUUGAUGCCAAUCAAUUGCAGAAUGCUCAUUUGGUAAUGGACUUAUG